AUGAGGCUAUUAAAAACGUCUUCACCACAAACCUUAGCAGACCUGGCAGACCGAAAUUUCCAAAAUUCUUCUUUACUUGGAACUGCAAAUUCUCUGCAGCUCUCUCUUCCUGUGGUGAGCAAUUCAGCUUCUCUGACAGGAAAUGUCUGCGACUUCUCCAGAGUCUCUGCUCCAGCUGCCACUUCAGCAUGGCUACUGCCCUCAACCUCUGGCACCUCCUUCCAGCCACUCAUGGGCAGUGCCUACCUUUAUCAGCAUUCUAGCACAGCCAUGGUGUCUGGGGUUACUGGUCAUAACCAGAUCCCCAUAGCACCUGCCUCCUAUCCAAGCAUUUUUGAGUGGAAUGUCACAGGAGGUACUGAAAAGAAGUCAUCUUCACUUGGGGACUUUACUCUGACUGUCAUUGAUCAGAACACAGCAGGUUCCUCCAUGUCUAUGACAGCCCAAUAUGAUAAAACUUCAGAUGCCAAUGCCAUGGUCCCCGUGUAUCCAUCACUGUCUGCCAGGCUUGUCCAGACAACACCAUUUCAGAUUCCAAAUCAGGGACAUAGCCUCUUACUUACCUACCAAGAAGGAAGCCAGGUCUAUUACUAUGAUCAAAACACUCUGGGGACUCUGUUCUCUGGAGAACUUGGCCCCAGCCUGCAAUCCUAUGGCUCUGUGCCAUAUGCAGGAGGUAGUGCCACUGCCCCUCAACCAGAAAUGGUGAUGGUGCUGAAGGAGGUUCAGCCCACAAAUGUCCUACCAUCAGUCUCUACCCCGGGGAUCUAUUACUCUGUGUCUGCUCAGCCUAUCACAGAAACAAAUAGUCAAGUAAUGGAAACUUCCCUAGGGAUGGAGGCUUCCUUGGGAUUGCAACCUCCAAGUCAGACAUUUUGUCUGCCUCCACCUCCAGAAAUCCCCAACUCCUGCAGCAGCAGAAAUAUCCAAAUACUUGAGAGUAAUCCACCAACUGAACUUGGGGACAUAUCAAUAACUCCACUCCAGAGUUCUUCUGAUUUCUUGACACUGCCUCCCACUCCAAGAGAAGAGCAAAUGGAGAGUAAGAAUUUGGACGAAAUUAACACCAUGCUUUCAAAGCCUCUGGAUGCCUACCAGCUUGCAAUAGAAAACCAGGAUCCUCCACUACUUCCAUUAGAAAUUCCUGAUAUCCACCAGCUUCUGGCCUCCAUUGGUCCUCUGGACCAAGAGGAGAUGCCACAUUGUGAAAAUAUCAAUCUGGAAAACCACAGCCUGAGUCUUCAGGACCAGGGGACACUUGAAAAUGAGAUUGACUUCAGCAGUGAUUUUCCAGACCUCGCUGCACUGGUGGACGAUAUUCACCUUCCUGAGCUCUUCAGUUGCUUGAAAGAUCUUGAUCCACCUGAAAGUCCCACAAUAAUACAAUCUAAUGAUAUCGGAGCCAUUAUGAUGAAUCAGGGGCAAGAAAACUCAAACAUCAAAGAGGGUCCUGGAGAUCCAGUGAGGAAGAAAAAACAUAAAGCCUCGGAGCCUCCUGAUGGAACUCCUCAGGCCAAAAUCCAGUCAAGGAACCCAGAGUGCCCAUUAGAGGGAGAAGAAGUUACUUGCAGUGAUGCAGACAAUAAUAGGUCUCCUGUGCACACCACCCAGCACUCCAAUGGCAAACUUCAGAAAGCCGCAUCCAAUAGGAACAGCAGAGCUAAGGGCCACCGGCAGGAAAAAAACAAAAGGAGCAGAGAAAACAGCUCCAAGAAAGCCGAAGAGAGGAAGCAGGCAGGCAAGACGCUCAAGGCAGAAGAGAAGCCUACUGCUCCUAAGACAAAGCGGAAGAGGAACCAACCUGAGCUUUGCCAAGAAAACUUUAAAAAGCCUCGGAGCUGUCUCGGCAUGCACAUGCUGGAGUCGGUGCAGGUUUUCCACGCACUGGGGAAGAAGAAUGAUAAGAAAACUGGCAUCUCUUCCUCCCGGGCCCUGGGCAACUCAGGCAGUACCAAAGACCCCCGUCCAUGCCCAGCUAUGAAACCAUGGCUGGAGGUUAAAGAUCCUGAGAAAACACAAGUUAAAUCCCAGAAACCAGAUGUCGGUGCUGAAAAAGGGUGUCCAUCUUCUUCCCAGUAUGAGCUUCCACCACCUGGGAAGGUUAAAUUGGUACCUCUGCCUUUUCUUACCCCAGAGAAACCUCAACCUCGACCUGUCUAUCGGAGGCCACAGUCUCUGGCCUCACGAAAACCCAAUGUGGCAAACCCUGCUCAGCCUAGUUCUACUAGCUUGGCUCAACCCACGGCAGUCAACCAAUCCCAACCAGCUACUGCCAACCCAUCUUGGAUGCGUCCAGCCAAGCCAGCUCAGCCAGUUUUAAACAGUGCAAUUCAGUCAAGUUUUACCACUUCUACCCAGCCUAGUGUCCCUCCAUCUGCUGCUUCUAGGCCUGCACCCUACAAAACAUCAUCUUGUACUUCUCUCCAGCGGGACCCUGCUUCCACUGUAGUGACCAAGCCCCAACCACUACCAUUCAAGCCUCAAAACCAGUAUCUACUCCAAGACUUCGCCUUACAACCAAUUCCAUGGAGGAAACCCAAUGUUCCUGAGCCAGUAAUGUCAACGCCCAUCACGGAAGAGCAGAGGCCAGAGCGGGAAGCCAUGAAGAAGAAGGCUCAACAAGAGCGUGAGAAUGCUGCCAAGUACACUGCUGUGGGGAAAGUUCAGUAUUUCAUUGAGAGGGAAAGAGAGAUGGAGAUUUCUCGCUACUAUGGUUAUAUAUAA